GACUUUAACGUGAAAGCUUAGUUACGAUUUCUUACGUUGUGUUGUGUGUAAUGUUUCUGACUGUAAUAGCGGAAGAACCGCAAUGCUUAAAAUAUGAUUUUGAAGAAAAGAUCUUGGAAAAAUUAGUUCGAAUGGAAUACCAAAUGGAAAGAAUGAAAAUUGAAGGACUUGAAAGAGAUGAGAGCAUGGCAAAAAUUAAAACUGAGGUGGCCACUGCUCUAGAAACACAGGACCAAAGUGUGGCUGACAUUAAAAGCAAACUUGACGAAAAGUCCACCGCGUUUGAGCAGAAAAUGACAGAUACUAUUGGAAAAAUGUUGAAAAGGGUGGAAAAUAUUGCAGAAGCAUCAACAAUACCGAAGAUAGUGUUUAAGGCACGUAUUAAUUCACACAUGUCUGUUACUAGGGGAGUUUACAUUGUUUUCCCUACAACAGUGUUGAACGAGGGUGACGCCUAUGACUCAGGAAGUGGUAUAUUCACCGCACCUGUUAAUGGAACAUACAUGUUUAAUGUUAUCUUUUGUGUGUCCUCUGGAAAGAGUUUGCAUAUUGAUAUCAUGGUGGAUGACACGAAGACGGCACCUGUAGUGUUCCGGAAUUCAGCCCACAGUGUUUGCCACUCAGCUGUUACUGUGGAAGUCCUCACUGCUGGUCAGAGGGUUGGGAUCCAAGUGACUUAUAACGAAUCAGGCAAUGUUAUUCAUCACAACUCUUACAGAUGGAGCACAUUCUCUGGAACUCUGCUUCAUACUACUUAAGAAACUCAGUUAAACGCUUAUUAAACAGAGAAAACUGAUGCACUGGGUAUUUGUGUGUGUUUUUUUAAACACCAAUAUGCCAUUAUAGGGAAUGUUCACUCACUUAUUAUUCUUGUUAUCAUAUAACGUACUAAACAUUUUAACUGCCUAUUCUUAUCAGGUACGAAAUACUUUGUUUACACAAUAAAGAUGGAAUG